UAAACUUUGCUUCCAAUACCAUUUUUAAACAACUAAAGAAAAUUUGUUUAGUCGUGUAAUAAAAAAUAAAUUAGUUAUUACUUUAUAUAAUCAUAAAAGAAUAAUAUUAUUAGAACUUGAAGUACAAUAUCUCAAAUAUUCAUGUUAAAAACGCUUAAUAAGGCGCAUUUUUUAUAAAUGGAAGCGGAACAUUCGACAAAUAUGUUACAGCGUAAUACCUCAAUGAUGAACUAUUCUGAAGUGCGAGUCAAUGAACCUAAUAGUGAUGUUGACUCUCCAGUUCACUCGUGUGCAGAAAACAAUGCAAAUGAGAAAGGAAUUCGAAGCGAUGACGAUGAUGAAUAUAUAUUUGAUGAUGUAAAAAUGAUUUUAAGAAAACGUCGUGGUUGGGGACAUGAGGACUCACUGUGUGCUAAUGAUUUAGAUUUGCUUGAGGAUGACGACGUUUUAGCUGAAGAGGAUGACGCUGGAUGUCCUUUGCCCUCUACACCUGAGGAUACUCAACUUAUUGAAGCAGAAAUGACAGAGGUCUUAAAAGCUGGUGUUUUGUCAGAUGAAAUUGAUCUGGGAGCUUUAGCUCAUAAUGCUGCAGAACAAGCAGAAGAAUUUGUCCGAAAGGUGUGGGAGGCCAGUUGGAAAGUAUGUCACUACAAAAAUUUACCUAAAUGGCUUCAAGAUAAUGAUUUUCUGCACCGUGGUCAUCGUCCUCCUUUACCAUCAUUCGGUGCAUGUUUCAAAUCUAUUUUUCGUUUACACACUGAAACUGGAAAUAUUUGGACACAUUUACUAGGUUGUGUUGCAUUCAUAGGCGUGGCCUGCUACUUUUUGUCACGCCCUUCGGUCGAAAUCCAAGUACAAGAGAAGCUAAUUUUUGGGGCAUUUUUCGCUGGCGCCAUUAUAUGUUUGGGGUUUUCGUUUGCUUUUCAUACUUUAAGUUGUCAUUCCGUUGAAAUUGGAAGACUUUUCUCUAAAUUGGAUUAUUGUGGAAUAGCAUUACUUAUAAUGGGUUCAUUCGUACCUUGGCUUUACUAUGGAUUUUACUGUCACUAUCAACCAAAAGUCAUUUAUCUAUCAGUUGUAUGUGUACUAGGAAGCUUAUCGAUAAUUGUUUCCCUGUGGGACAAGUUUUCGGAACCUGCUUUGCGACCGCUAAGAGCAGGCGUUUUUAUGAGUUUUGGUCUUUCUGGUAUUAUACCUGCCAUACACUAUGGUGCCAUGGAAGGAUGGUUUACUCAAAUAAGCAAGUCUAGUCUGGGCUGGCUGCUUUUAAUGGGAUUUCUUUACAUUCUUGGAGCACUAUUGUACGCUUUGCGUGUACCAGAGCGAUGGUUUCCUGGUAAAUUCGACUUGUGGUUUCAAUCUCAUCAACUAUUCCACAUUUUGGUUAUAGCUGCUGCGUUUGUACAUUAUCAUGGUAUUUCAGAAAUGGCAAUGUACCGGGUAACAGUUGGAGAAUGCACUGUUCCUCAUGAGCCAAUUACAUUCUAGGCAUCAGCUCGAUCAAAGUCAUCUGAAACUUAAAUAUAUUUAAAAUUAUUAUUAUAUUAUCCAAAAGAAAAAUGCGGAAAUGUUAUUUAAAAUAAAAAGGUUUGUCACGUUUACAUAUUUGCAUUCUAUGUAAAAGUAGUUAUUCUGUCUCUCCAAAAAAAAUUAUAAUAAUAAUAAUAGAAAAUAUUUUAAUCUACAAGUAAAUUCAAA